CCCUCCCACGGCUCUGUGGGCUGUGCGCGCCGCCGAGAGCUCCGGAGGGGCGGGGGCGGCGAUAGCAGACUCGAGGAAGGGGAGCGCGGAGCGAUCGCUUCCGCCGGCAGCGUGUCCCCGGGGACGGAUCGAGGGAAGCCUCCCUCUCCCUUCGCUGUGGUGUUUUUUUACGAUUUUGGUGUUGUUUUUUGGUUUUUUUUUUUUGCUCCGCUCUCCCUUUACUUGCGCGUGAGGUAAACGUGGUGCGCGCUGCCUGCGCUUCAGGUGGGGAAGGAGGGAGAAAGAAAGCGGGCAGGCUCUGCUUCCCCCCGCUCCUCAACGUCUCUCCGGAGCCCUCCGCGCCCCGCUUCUCCCCGCGGCGAGGUACGCGGCCCCUGCCGAGAUGGGCUGCACGCUGAGCGCCGAGGACAAGGCGGCGGUGGAGAGGAGCAAGAUGAUCGACAGGAACCUGCGGGAGGACGGCGAGAAGGCGGCCAGGGAGGUGAAGCUGCUCCUGCUCGGAGCUGGUGAAUCAGGGAAAAGCACAAUUGUCAAACAAAUGAAGAUUAUCCAUGAAGCCGGUUAUUCAGAAGAAGAAUGUAAACAGUACAAAGCUGUUGUCUACAGUAACACCAUUCAGUCAAUUAUUGCUAUCAUUAGAGCAAUGGGGAGGUUGAAGAUAGACUUCGGUGAUCCAACCAGGGCUGAUGAUGCUCGUCAACUCUUUGUGUUAGCUGGAGCAGCAGAGGAAGGAUUUAUGACUGCAGAGCUUGCUGGUGUUAUCAAAAGACUAUGGAAAGACAGUGGAGUACAAGCUUGUUUCAACAGAUCUAGAGAAUACCAGCUUAAUGACUCUGCUGCCUAUUACUUGAAUGAUUUGGACAGGAUAGCACAAACAAGCUACAUUCCAACUCAACAGGAUGUUCUCAGGACUAGAGUGAAAACUACAGGAAUAGUGGAAACUCACUUUACUUUCAAAGAUCUUCAUUUUAAAAUGUUUGAUGUUGGAGGCCAAAGAUCAGAACGGAAGAAGUGGAUUCAUUGUUUUGAGGGUGUUACAGCAAUUAUUUUCUGUGUGGCAUUAAGUGAUUAUGACUUGGUCUUGGCUGAAGAUGAGGAAAUGAAUCGGAUGCAUGAAAGCAUGAAAUUGUUUGACAGCAUCUGCAACAACAAAUGGUUUACAGACACUUCUAUAAUUCUUUUCCUGAACAAGAAAGAUCUUUUUGAAGAAAAAAUCAAGAGGAGUCCUCUCACUAUUUGCUACCCUGAAUAUGCAGGUUCAAACACUUACGAAGAAGCAGCUGCUUACAUUCAGUGUCAGUUUGAAGAUCUUAACAAGAGAAAAGACACAAAAGAAAUCUACACUCACUUCACAUGUGCCACAGAUACGAAAAAUGUGCAGUUUGUUUUUGAUGCUGUAACUGAUGUCAUUAUUAAAAAUAACCUUAAAGACUGUGGCCUCUUCUGAGAACAGACAAGACAUUAUUAAAUGGUAAAUUAUGUGCCUGAAAAAAGGACUUAGGCAUUUGGAAUAAGCCCAUGUUGUGUGAAACUUGCAUAGAUAUACUUAAUUCUCUUUAUUUUAUUUUUAGGUUUGAAGAAUGGCUUCACACAAUUCUAAUCUGAUUGAUUUCAAGAUGAAAGAUAUACAAAAUAUGUUGUGCUGAAUGAUAGAUCAGUACUGUACUUGCCUGUUUUAACAGCUUUAUUUAUGUUUGUCUUGUAAAUUUAAGUAAUUAGGUAACACUGAGAUGUCUUUUGACUGUAUGUAAACUUGUAGUAAUGUAUUUGUAUAAACGUUGAAUGGAAUACUUUGGUAACUUGUCCUCUAAAAUUUCUGUGGUUUAUGAAGAUACUCUUAGAGGAGACUUUCUGCCUUUUGGUUAUUUAAACAUCUUGUAAAAUUAAAUUUUCUUUUCAUCUAGAGGGUGCAUGCUACUUUAUUCUUUACUUUUUGUUGGUAAUACUGUAUAUGGCACUAGCUUUUUUGAUAUUUAAACAGCUUCAUACACCUGCUCAGAUUUAAAGAAACAUAACUAAUAAAACUUGGGGUUUUUUUUGCCUUAAGUUUUGGGAAAAAAUAUUUUUAAAUUUAGGUUGAAUACAAAAAUUAUUUUUAAAACUUAAGUGAAAUCCACAGCUUAUGAAAUCUGGAUUUUCAGUCUUUGAAGUGCAAAUGUGACUAUAUUGAAAAACUGAAUUUGAAGGUUGAAAUAUCAUUGAAGCUCAUGGAAAUGCAAAAAGGAAGUUGUUAAAAACACGCUUGUAGAAAUAAAAAGAAAGUUUGAAACUAAUCUUUACUCACUGGAGUGAAUGGCAAUUUUUUUUAGACCUU